AAAUAAAUUUGGAAAGAGAAAAAAAAAGGGACAUGAAAAAUUCAGAAGAUAAGAAUUUGGGAAAACACAAAAUUGAUGCACCUGCGUUAUUGUAAACGAUUUUGAGCCGUGUCAUUCAAGAUCUUUAACCAUCUAUCGUUAUUCCUGGUCUAACUCCUUUAGUUGUUCCUGAAAUAUACUCCUAACUUUGCAUUAUUAAGUUAGACCCUAAAGUGAUUUCUACGUCCAGAAAAAUGCAAACAAAUACGCGCUCGAACUAGACCAUGAUCCGAGUCUAAACGUGUGCUCCAUAAUGAGCGAUAGCUUUCUAUCGAGCAUGGUCCGGGUCAAUUGUGGCGUCCCCGAGUCAAAUGAUGCGUUUCCUUAUGCUUGAAAUUGGUAAAAACACGGCUAUCUAAAUAUAUUCUCAGUAAACGUAGGAAAUGACAUCGAGCUCUUAGUACCCCGAUCCGUCGGACAGCGCACACAAAAGUAGAUCGUACCAGUUUUCUAUAUUGACAAAGUGAGGUCAAACAAACGACCGUACUUGGAUUCUGUAUACGCACGAGAUUUUGGAGUCCUAACUGAAGUAGCCUGUGGACUUGUUUGACACACUGUUCGAACACUAAAAGCUGAAAAAUGUAGUUUAUAGCGUGGUUUCAUGAUACCAGGAAUGAUAUUUCGUGAAUCCAAAUCAUUAGCAUUUGUGGCACGUGGUUUUUCUUGGGUAUAGGAUAAUUAUUAAGAGGUUAAGAGGAAAUCCGAUGGUGAACAAAAUGAUCCUCGGUGCUGUUAGACGUAAUAAGAGCGUUUGUCACUUAUCGGCUUCCUACACUGUGGAUGAAUAUUUCUUUUUGAGGGAUCCGAUAAAGAAGCUGGAUCGGUAUUGGCCGUAGAGAUUUGAGAGCGUUACCGUAGAGCUCAAAGGACGACUGCUUAGGGUCUAUGGCCCACGCCCUUUUAAUGGGUAGCUCUUGAUGUAUUGUCUCCGCACUUCGAAAGAACUUACCAUCGGAGGCGGAGUAAGAUGAUGUGACAUUUUUAGGGUCGACCUUCUCCAACCCCUUCCGUUGUGCAAAGGUAGCAACACUGCAGACGCUAGUUUUCCGAAGGAAACAGUACUGCCAUCACAUCUCUCUAUAGUCAUCAGUACGACUUGUCAUCGGUUCUUAAGUUUCUGCUUUUACUCUUACCUUUCUCCAACCGACCUACCUGGCAUGAUAGGACCUAAAGGAACAUGUGUUCCAGCCAAUAUAGCUCGGUUGAGUCAUCACGAUAGGCAAGGCCGACUACCACGUCAAGGUAGAUGCUACGGUCUGGAGCUGUCCACAAUGUCGAUGGAUAUUCUAUUUCCAGGUACUUAAAAAGAAAUACUGAUUAGUAGCUGUUUUCCUGAGCUCAACCACAAGGCGCAAAGAAUUAUUGGUGAACGUCGGUUAUACACGGGUUUUUAGUAAGCAGUAUUUUUGAUUGCGUUAGCUUGGUGGUUCUGAUUUCUUAUCUUCUGUGGCAAUAGUCCGUUGGUCAAGGUGAGGUGUACUAUUUUUUCGAACCCUUUGAUUUCACUCUGAAAAUGCACCAUUACUGGAGAGAUGCUGGUUAUUCGAAAGAAACCUUGCAGCUGUAAUACUUAAGUACAGUCAGUAACAUGACCACUUCGAAACUUACGUUUCUCUAUGAUUAACACAGACCAACGGAUCUGUCAUUUUUAUCACUCAAAAACAAAGCUAUUUAGCCUGGGAAAUAUAUAUUCUCCGCCGGAAUCUUUGUUUUUUCCUAAAAACUGAAGACGUAUUAGUUUGUUGUGUAUUUUCUAUUCGCGCUAAAAAUAUAUGUUCCUCAUAUUUGUUGGAUUUGAAGUUUAUUCCUGUACCAUGUUUCACGAGUAGAGUAAUGAUUUUCGUGGUUCAGAAAACCAUCGAGUCACAAAAUGCCUACGAGUAUCAUAAGUGUGCUGAUUUUCCUGUCUUAUAAUGACGAACAGUAUCAAGAUUAUAAAAACCGUAUGUCAAAGUUGUGUGACUGGACUAUAGGUUAUUCCCAAAACGCUCACAAACAACCGUUUGACACUUCACAGUUGCACUAUAAUUGCAGAAAUCUCAGGCUAUUGUGAAAUAUCUAAUAAAGUCACUUCUUGAAUAUUACAUAAAGUAUGAAGCUUACCGACUCACCUCUUAUAUUAUAGGCUAGCUAAUUUUGACGGUCUUUUGUUAUUCGCUGCAAUUUUCGGCUGCAAAUUACACAAAUUUGUCGGAAAGGUCUGUAUUUUGCAGUGGUGCCUCAUUCGAAAUCUUUGGGUUUCACAUGUUGGUCCUAGUGAUCGGUGACUUCCAUAUUCCUGACAGGAAACGUUCUUUACAUCCUGCUUUUAAGACUCUUUUAGCUCCUGGAAAAAUCCAACAUAUAUUAUGCACGGGAAACCUUACUUCGAAACAUAUGUAUGACUAUUUAAAGCUUAUUUGUGGAGAUGUGCAUGUUGUGAAAGGCGACUUUGAUGAGGCUUUAGAUUUCCCUCUUACAAAGGUUUUAAGCGUUGGAAACUUUAAGAUAGGACUUAUACAUGGACAUCAAAUAGUUCCUUGGGGAGACCAAAAAAGUUUAGCUACGCUGCAACGGGAGUUAGACGUUGAUAUAUUGAUCAGUGGUCAUACUCAUAAGUUUGAAGCCUAUGAAUAUGCUGGACACUUUUAUAUCAAUCCUGGUUCUGCUACCGGUGCAUAUAGCCCUUUUGAAAAAAACCCGCAACCUUCAUUUGUUCUUUUGGAUAUUCAAGAAACCGCAAUACAGUUAUAUGUGUACACCCUAGUCAAUGAUGAACAUAAAGUUUCUCGCAUAGAAUACCAGAAAAACAAAUGUUUAUAACUAUGAACUAACUAUUCAUUGUAUUUUAGCAAUAUCUUGUAAUUUAUUCUUCCCAUUAUAAUAAAACUGAUUUUGACU